AUGGCUUGUUCGUGGCUCCACUGUCAGCCUUUGGAGAUGAAGAUUUUGGGUGCGGCUGCCAUGGCAACCAAUUCGGGUGAGAUGCCAUGUCUGGAAGUGGCUGCCGAUGCCCAUUCGUCAGCCUUCGCCAGAGCAAGUGCCAGGACGUCUGAAACCCUGCAGAGUCCUUUGCGGCUGGCGGUUUAUGGUGAAGGGCUUGUGGCUGCGCAGGCUGCAUCUGCUCUGGCAACUGGCCUGGCUAGCGCCAUUGCAGCUGCUGGCCAAGCGGCUGAGGUCUCCGUGUGUUUGUUCCACGGCCUUACUGCGGCGGAGCUUUUGGCCGAUGCGGAUUCUCAGACUCUGCGGGACCUGCGCGGACGACGCGGGCCCGGGCUGCGGCAGCUGCUUUCCCAACAGCGCCCAGAAGUGCUUUUCCUCGUCGCUGGAAGCUGUGACCUGGGGCUCCGCGAUGCGAGCCCCGAUGAAGCCAUGGGAAGCCUGCAUGGGCUUGUGCGCAAAGCACAGGCUUCGACGCCGCUUGUGUUUGUCAUGGCGCUGCCUGACAUCAGCAAAUCGACGCAGUGUGCGUCUCUUCUCGGUGCAACUUUGGCAGCAAGGCGGCAUGCCACAAAUGCUGGUUUAGUCCAGUGGAUCGACAACAGCACUGCGAAGUGGAUCAAUCCUGCCGCCCUGUUACCUCAUGGGCCGAGGUCUGUUGCAGCCGGGUGCUGGGACAGCCAUCUGCUUUCAGAGAACGGGGCCCGGAUUCUUGCGGAACGGUUGGUUCUGUCCGUUCUCCCUCGCAUCAGAGCCACGUUGGAGCAUGGCGGCGCUUCGCAGGUCACAACGGAGACGCAGCUGCCGUCUUUGGAUGCCUUUAUGGAAGCAUUUCGGUUGGAAGACGAUGCAGAGGCAGACGAUGCCAACGUACAGGAUUUCAAGCCGCCCUCGCCAGCGUGGGAGGCGGAUGCUGCGAUUGUUCUGCAGCGCGGCCUUCGACGUGUGUGCACCUGGGGGAGCAGGUCGUACAGGCUGGCCUUGGCGAGACUGGCUGUGCGGCAAUGCUUAAGCAAAGCGCACUCUGCCACACUGCGGCCCGUAGUCAGCUCCUGGGGGGUGCGACUGACAGCAGCAUGA